AUGGCUAAGCGGGAUGAUGAACUAGACAAGAAGCGUCUUGAUAAAACAAAAAAGGCAAAGGCCGAUUUUGAGAACCGAGUUGCGAGACUGGAAGAAAGGUUGGGAAAUCCCAAUACCAAAAUAAGUCAAAGAGAAGAUAUCCGGGCCGAGAUUCAAAGGAUCCGUGAAAUUCAUUUGAAAACUCUCAAUCAAGAUUUGGCAGAUAUUCAAGAGAGAAUGCAGGAGAGGCAGAAUGAUGCUGAUGAUAUUCCCAGCUCCUCAGUUGGACAAUCUUCUUUAAAAUCUGUAGGCAGAGCUAAGGGAGAGUCACAACAUGACUAUCUAGUGCGCACAGGUAAAAUAACACCCUUCUCAAAGGGUAAUUCGUACGAAGUUCCAACCCAUAAUCGUCCUAAGUCACAUCAGAACCUUAUAGUUCCCGGUAUGGAGCUUGAAGAUUUAGAUGAAGGUGAGGAGACUGAAGAGGAAGUACAAGAACUAAUUAUCGAGCGACAUCGCAAAAAACGAAAGAUGGAACAGCAAAAUAAAGCUAAUGCAGUCGAAUCAAAGGUUAAAGAAGAAGAGGAUCGGCCUUCGCCUUUGAAAAUAAAGGUAAGAUUGACCAAAAGGCGAUCAACCAGUCCUGACGAGUCCGUUCAUGGUCAAGAAUCAGAUAGAGUAAAGAGUUCGCCCUCAAGGAGUACGUUGGAAGAGGUCAGCAAGGUCGAUUUUAUACAUUCCCAAUCUGAGUCUGACUCGGAUGUAGUUAAAUCUGAGGACGAGGAAGAUGAAUACAUUCCUGAAACUAUUUCUGAAGAAGAAGGCGCUGGAAUCGAAAUUGAAGAUCAUGAUCAAAAUGAAGAAGACCAGGAGGACUUCAGCAUUGACGACGAGGAACAAGAGUAUUCAGAACCAAAAUCUGUCAAGCGUAAACGCAAGGCGGAAGCAGAGUCGGCAAUCUCUGGCCUGGAUGAUGGAAACAUUGCCGUUUAUAAAGAGCGACUAGCUAGAUGGAUCUCAAAAAGGAAAGCAUACCGUAAUAAAGUAGCUAAAGACAAUCAGACUGAGGUGGUGAAUUUAGGAGAAGGUGUAGAAGAAUGGCAAAUUCCGCACCCGACAUACCCUGAUGCUGUUCUAGAUAAUGAGUUCAAGGUCCCAGGUGAUAUAUAUACAAGCCUGUUCGAUUAUCAGCGGACAGGUGUUCAGUGGCUAUGGGAGUUGUAUUCUCAAAAGACAGGAGGGAUCAUUGGUGACGAAAUGGGAUUGGGAAAAACUAUACAAAUAGUUUCAUUUCUAGCUGGACUGCAUUAUAGUGGUAAGUUGGACAAGCCGGCAUUGGUAGUUUGUCCAGCAACUGUAAUGAAACAAUGGGUCAACGAAUUUCAUCGAUGGUGGCCAGCAUUGAGAGUAGUUAUCCUGCAUUCCAUUGGCUCGGGUAUGGAUCCUACCAAGGAGCAGCAAAUGGAGGAAGCAUUAAUCGAUCUAGACCCUGAUGAUCCAUUGACGGUUGGGGAAAUCAAGAAACGUGCUGGAGCAAAGUCGUUAGUUGAUUCGGUAAUGUCUAAAGGACAUGUACUCAUUACCACCUAUGUUGGAAUGCGAAUAUAUUCAAAGUAUAUUUUGCCAAGGAAGUGGGGAUAUUGCGUUUUGGAUGAAGGUCACAAGAUAAGAAACCCAGAUUCUGACAUCUCCCUCAAAUGCAAACAAGUGAAGACUGCUAAUAGAAUCAUUUUGUCAGGUACGCCCAUUCAAAAUAAUUUAACGGAAUUAUGGAGCUUGUUUGAUUUCGUUUUUCCCGGCCGACUAGGAACGUUGCCUGUAUUUCAAAAUCAAUUCUCUAUUCCGAUCAACGUUGGCGGGUAUGCAAAUGCGACUAAUGUUCAAGUCCAGACAGCAUACAAAUGUGCAGUAGUAUUGCGCGAUAUUAUUUCACCGUAUAUGUUGAGAAGAAUGAAGGUAGAUGUGGCAGCUGACUUGCCCAAGAAGAGCGAAAAGGUUUUAUUCUGUAAAUUGACUAAAAUUCAGAAUGAUGCAUAUCAGAAUUUUUUAAAGUCGGAUGAGAUGAAAUCCAUAUUUGCUGGUAAACGACAGGUAUUAUUUGGAGUGGAUAUCUUGCGAAAGAUUUGCAAUCAUCCAGAUCUUGUGAAUAGAGAUGUACUAUUGAAGACUCCGGAUUAUGAAUAUGGCUUGCCAAGUAAAUCCGGUAAAAUGCAGGUAGUCAAAGCUCUUGUGGAAUUGUGGAAGUCUCAAAAUCACAAAACUUUACUCUUCUGUCAAACGCGUCAGAUGUUGGAUAUCCUUCAAAGGUUUAUCCUUGACCUCAUGCUUCCUGGUACAGGUGACCGGCUCAGGUUUCUUCGUAUGGAUGGAACUACACCAAUCGCCAAUAGACAACGUUUAGUAGAUGAAUUCAAUAGCGAUCCCACAAUCGAUAUUUUUUUAUUGACCACCAAAGUUGGUGGGCUGGGAGUAAAUCUUACCGGGGCUGACAGGGUGAUCAUCUAUGAUCCGGACUGGAAUCCUUCAACUGAUGUUCAAGCCAGGGAAAGAGCAUGGCGGCUAGGACAGAAGAAAGAUGUGGUAAUUUACAGGCUGAUGACAGCUGGUGCAAUCGAGGAAAAGAUCUAUCACCGUCAGAUCUUUAAGCAGUUUCUUACUAAUAAGAUUCUCAAAGAUCCUAAACAGCGUAGAUUUUUUAAAAUGAACGAUCUUCAUGACUUAUUUACGCUUGGAGAUCUAGAAGGCGGAACCGAAACAGGCGGUAUGUUCUCCGGGACAGAGCGUACACUUUCACAAGCAGGUACUCAAAAGAAGGCCGAGGAGGACGAUCUAAAUCAAGUUUCAAAACUAGGAGGGGUUGCUGGACUGGAAGAUUUUCAAACUGGUAACGAAGUUGUCCAGGAUGGCAAAGAUAAAUCUUCAGCUUUGGAGCAUGAAGACAGUGUUUUGGAGGGUAUAUUUGCAAAGUCAGGAGUCCAGAGUACUCUUGAGCAUGAUUCCAUUAUGGAGGCUUCAAGGCCAGAUACUAUUUUGGUUGAAAGAGAAGCAUCUCGAGUUGCAACACAAGCUGCUAAUGCUCUUCGAGAAUCUCGAAAUGCUGCUCGAAAGGCCCAGAUUGGUACUCCAACUUGGACGGGUCGUUUCGGAAGUGCUGGUAGGGUUACAAAUAGAAGUAGUCCUUUACCAAAAGGAAGACUGGGGACUCCUUCCACGACGCCAGGAACGACUUCACGAUCAUCUAGAUCUUCAUCCCCCAGAGUUGAGUCGAAUAAAUUGUCAUCAACGUCGAUUUUGCAGAACAUCCGACAAAAGCGGGAGCUCGAGGAAAAGGAAAAGGCUACCAUUGCUAGCAUUGAUGACGGUCUACCUGGAGGCAAUCUGGCUGCUCGGACCAAAAUCCUCAAGAAUAUGGUUUCAUAUUUGUACAAUCAGCCUGAACAUAAAGGUAAAUCUGCAUCAAUUCUGGCAGCAGCUAGUGUCAGACUUGAUGAUACUCAGGAAGUAGCUACAAUCCGUCAAAUGUUAAGGGAAAUCGCUAGUUGGAAUAGCACAGAUUCUACUUGGACAUUAAAAGAGGAGUUUUGUUCGGUUGACCGUACAUAA